CCUACUCAUUAUUCCGCACUUUCUACCAAUUAUUCUUCAGUGGGAUUCUACGUAUAAAAAGCUCGGGCGCGCAACGAUCUUAAUAUGGCAGAGGUCUCGCAGCCACCCGCAGAAACCCAAGCUCGGCAAAUCACAUAUUGUGGAGUUUGCACAUUGCCUCCAGAGUACUGUGAAUUUGGCGGAACGGCGAAGAAAUGUCAGGAGUGGCUGAAAGAUAACCGGUUGGAAGAGUACCAGCGGUUAUACUCUGAUGAAGCUAUAAGUGCAAAUCUCUCCACUCUGUCAGUCUCCGUUCAAGAGCGCGCAGCCAAGGAUGCCGCAAAGAAGGAAGCGAAGGCGGCGGCGGCGGAAGCGCGGGAUGCAGAGCGUCGAGCGACAUCUAAGGUCCAGAUCAAGCGUGUCGAGCGGAACAAGCGCAAACAUGUCAGUGUUGUUACAGGACUCGAAGUCUACGGAUUAGAGAAUAAGAAGGUGGCCAAGGAGCUGGGAAAGAAAUUUGCAACAGGUUCGUCCGUCACGAAGUCUGCUUCUGGCAUUGAGGAGAUCACAGUGCAAGGCGAUGUAUGUGAGGACAUCAAGGAAUGGUUAUUGGAAAACUAUGGGAAGGGAAUUUCGGAAUCUAAUAUCGAGAUUGUCGAGGAUAAAAAGAAGAAGAAGGGGACAGCUGAAGCUUAA